AGUUUUGUGAAGAUGAACAAGACGCGUGCUUGAAUCAGGGAGUCGUACACACCCUUCAUACGCCUCCCUGGCUUGAAGGAAAGAAAAGAAAUCGUCCAGGACUUGCUGUUGUCUUUCCUCACUGCUGUCGUGUAAGCGUUAGCUGCAACGUCUAAGCACAACAAAAUGGACGGCGCAACUGUGGCCGAGUUCCUGGAGACGUAUCGGGGACGGGAUAAAAUCUACCGACUGAUUUCGUAUUUCUCUCAAUUCGUGGCGAGUGGCCUGGAUAAAUUAGGGCACACCCAGUCGGCAUCGAGACUGGAAUCGCUGGGCUCAGCGCUGUCGGCAUGUCGAGUGGUUCUGCGUCUUGGCGACGACUUGGCUAUGUGGCAAGUGACCAAGGCCUACGGUCUUGGCUCGCAGGUGGGUCAUCCUGUACUACGAAUGCUAGGCAUUGUGCAGAACGUGUUUGAUCAGCUUUACUACCCACUGGAGCACAUAGCGUGGGCAUGCGAUGUGGGGGUUCUCAAGCGCCCGUCUGCGUUCUGGUGGGUGGCGAGCAUUGCGGCGUGGGCAGGCUCACUGCUCACGUCGCUCAUUACCAAGCUGGUCAAGCUCACUCAGCUCAAUCUGGCCAUUGCACGCGAACGGACUGCUACCCUGCCAUCUUCAACAUCCGCCGCGUCGUCUGCACAUCCUAUUGCAAGCAGCGACGACGAGGAUGAUGACGAGGACGAGGAGGAAGACGGCGGAACAGCUGCAGCAGCAGCGUCGGUGACCUACUCGGCGCGGCAGCCUCAGGGCAAAGUCCGCUUUGACACGGUGCCAGCGAGCACACUCCGCGCACGCGGUCACAGCUCCGAGUAUGCGUCGCUGCAUCGGCGAAACACGCCGCGCCCCACCACCACCCCCCAGCAGCCAUCCCUUAAGACGCAGCGUCGUCAUCUUCUCCUCGAGCUGGUGCAGCACUUGGCCGAUUUCGGCAAUGCCGUUCACUGGAUGCCGCCGGGAUUCCUGUGGGGCGGCAAGCUGUCGCAGUUAGCCGUGGGUUUUAACGGCGUGUUGUCCUCUCUCAUUGGUCUAUAUCUGAUGUUGGCACGGUACCACCAGCAGUUACGCAAUCGCAAUGCCAAUUAAGCAUAGCAUUGCUGGAAGAGGUCUGUGCCCGCCCGCCCGGCCCAGCUGGAUAGUGUACUGGUCGAUGCAGUUUCCCCGGUUGUGGGUGUGGGCCACGUCCUGUGUUCGACUGGGAAAGCACGGGGAAAUGAUGACAACCACGGAUGCGAUGAUCUGAUUGCAAUGUCAACAUCGUCGCCGGUUGCAAGCUUGUUGUGUCUGCACUGCAGGUUGGUGAGUUUCUUUCGCAACCUGUGCAGCUGCCCAGGACAACCAUGCCGUGGUUUUGUAUGCAGCCUGCCCUGACCCCUCAGUUUGUGUUUGUGCACUACCGGUAGGUUUCUCUCUUUUCUUUUUACAAAGACCACUUUUAAAUGCCAAACUUGAGCUGCAGCUAGGGUUUCUCUCAUGUGGUAUACUCACCACCUGCAGCAUACUGUAACCAUGCGGCACCACGGUCUUGUCCAGAUUGCCCUGAGCCGUCACUCCGCAUGGCGAUGUGCUGUGCACUUCGCCCUGGAUGAUCUCUGUUCCCUUCCCCGGCCGUGUUGCUAUGGCGACGGCGCUGAUCCCUCCACGAUGCUCCCCUUAGUUCUUGAUAUCACUAGUAUUGAAUAGGUAAAGCUGGCUUCCUCCCCAGACCCCCGGCCCUGAGCCCCAGUGUGAGGCGGGCAACUUUUUUUAUCCAACUCCAUAGCUUAUUCCAGAUCCGGCAUGGACACUUUGAUCCAUCUCCUUUGCGUUCCCAUCCUUUUCAACGGGAAUCGGAUGGUGCCUGGUUCUUCUUUACCGCCCGUUCCUUGCUCUGCGGCAAAUUUUCGCGUUAUCUUUCUUCCCCGCGCGUCUCUUUGUUUUUCAUUUUGUGCUGGCGCAAACUAUGCCUCUUGAACCACUCACGGGCUAACCGUGUAGUUGGUAUAGACUAGAAUCAGCAACAAUCUGACUCACCAUCUAAUUUCCUUGACAGUAGUUAUAAGAAAAGUGUUUGCUCCCACACUAGUGCUGGAGCUCACGCUUUUCUCGUCAACCUGACUUCUUGACGAGAGCGAGUUCCAGUGUGUGGGAGCAAAAUAACUCGAUCCUUGUCAAAUUAUCGCCACUACUUCGUCUUGAUAGUAGUUCUCCUUUUCCUCUCUUCUUGAUCGUGGAAUAGUUUGAUUGUAGCCCGGCAUUGCUGUCAAUUGCUUAUAUUUUGUUUAGCCCUUCAGAGAUCCUGGGCUCGUUCUUGCUUGAGAGGUCAUCAUUUUUUUAGCUUUCAAAUUUAAUUUACAUCCCAAUGGCAA